AUGAAGGAAGCAAGAAAUUGGAACGACGAAUCUCAUUAUGCUCUAAAUGUUUACGAAAAAGUUCUUAGUAUAAUUGGAAUUUGGCCUUUGAAUGCGGGAGAGCUCAAAUCUAUUGCACGAUGUUCCUUAGCUAUUUUGAUUCAAAUCAGUACUAUCGGCAGCCUGUCUCUGGAAACAUAUUGGCAGUGCCUCGAUACUGAGGACAUGAUGGAGGCCUUUCUAAUGGACCUCUCGUCUGUCGUCAGCCUCUCCAAGCUUCUCGUCAUUCGCUUUACCUGGAAGCAUACUUACAUCCUGGUGACUUCCAUUAUCGACGACUGGUCGAUGUCUCGAAACAAGCAACAACGAGAAAUUAUGAUGAGGUACACCCAUAUCGGCAGAAUGGUGUCCUUGACGAUAUUAUAUCUGGGCUACGCAUCAGGAGUCUCGUUUCUCUUCAUGGCCGUACCGUUCGACAGUUUGAUACCUUGGCUAAACGUCUCCAAGGCGAAUGAUAACGACACGGUGGUAACGACGUAUUUUCUAGCAACCUAUUGCGUUUUCGGGUCGCUACCAACGAUCACCUACAGCUGCGUCCUGUUACUGCAAACGGCGCAGAUCUUCGUUAAUGCUACCUCUCAUUGCGGAAAUGAUGGUUUCUUCUUUGGUCUUGCGAUGCAUCUAUGCGGGCAGUUUGAAGUACUGCAAAUGGAUUUCGCUGGCAUCGAAGUGGAAAAACAAAACUGUAAAAGGAAGAUACGGAUGUUAAUUAUCAGACAUUGCCAUUUAAUAAGACUAGCUGACAGUUUUGAGUAUGCUUUCAACAUGGCUAUCUUAACACAGGUUUCAAUGAGCGUGCUGUUGCUUUGCGUAGAAGGUAUGCAAUUAAUAAUAUCGUUGAAAUUAAACGAUAAUAUUGCAGCAAUAAAACAUGUUGUCUUAAUUCUCACAAUGUUGGUGCAAUUGUAUCUUUAUUGCUAUGCUGGAGAUCAGCUGGAGAAUGUAACCGGAAGGAUCGCGUACAGCGCUUACGAUAGUCCAUGGUACGAUUUUGAUGUAAAAAUAAUGAAAGAUCUACCUAUGGUGAUGCUUCGAGGAAAGUUGCCUCAUCAAACAACAGCCGGAAAAUUCCUACCGAUGAACUUAUUUUCAUUCAAAGAGAUUUUGAAAGCUACAGGUUCCUACCUUUCCGUUCUCAGAUACUUGAGAAUGGGAUCAAAUACGGAUUGGAAUACUGAUACUACAAAUAUUUUAAAAUUUCAUAAAAAUUUUCUUGGCAUAAUUGGACUCUGGGUAUUAAACGAGAAAAAUGUAUUCUCGAGAAUUCGGUGGUUCGUAUCGACGCUGGUGGAAACGAGUACAUGGAUCAUUAUGUCAUUAGAAGUGAUUCGGAGAUGUAAUGGUAACGAGGAUGCCAUGGAUGCUUUUCUAUCAAGUUCAUCGUCAAUAACCAGUUUGGUAAAAUUACUUUCACAUCGCGUAUAUUGGAAACAAAAAUUCGUUUUGGUGAAAUCGGUCAUCCAGGAUUGGACUUACGUAAAAAAUUCUCAUUUCCGUGAUAUCAUGUUGAGGUACGCGCGAAUAGGUAGACUGGGCUCAUCGAUAUACUUCUACAUGGCCGCGGUAGUCUUCGCUUUCAGUGUCGUGCUUAGUAACAUCAAUUUGCUCUGGGUCUCUGAAAAGCAGAUUUUUAAUGAAACAUAUGAAAGAAAACUGAUGUUAGCGGCCUAUUGCACAUUUGGAAAUUACUAUACAUCUUUUUUCGCAUUCGGCGCCAUUGAAGCUUUGCAGUUCGUACAGAUCCUUGUUAAUUGCAUCUCGCAAUGCGGGAACGACGGAUUCUUCUUCGAUCUCACGAUGCAUAUGUGUGGACAAUUCGCAAUUCUUCGUAUGAAUUUCAACGCAUUGGGUUGCGAUAAAUUUUCUUAUCAUAACGAACUUGAUGUUUUGUUAAAAAGACAUUAUCGCCUCUUACGUUUAUCGUAUUAUAUGGAGAGAGCAUUCACACUGGCCAUUCUGGCACAAGUUUUAAUGAGCGUCCUUGUUUUAUGCGUAGAAGGUUUUCUUUUGCUUCUUUCACUUGAGCUAAAUGAUGCUUUUACUGCUAUGAAACAUGGCGUCUAUGUCAUCGCACUGUUGAUACAACUUUUUCUCUAUUGUUUCGCUGGUCAGAUGUUGGAGUUCCAGUCAAAAGAAUUAGCCUAUGCAAUUUAUGAAUCACCGUGGUAUUCGUUUGAUGUGAACAUGAUGAAAAAUUUACCAUUGAUGAUUCUCCGAGCAAACAAUCCUCAACAAUUAACUGCAGGAAAAUUCGUACCAAUAAAUUUUAUGACUUUUAAGGAAAUUCUGAAGGCUUCCGCUUCGUAUUUAUCUGUAUUAAGGGUAAUGACUAGAAAAUGA